CUUUUAUAAAUUUCUCACUUUCUCCUUUUCCAUCUUUAAAAACAGAAAAUCAUCAACCAUCAAAGCAAAUAGAGAAGAAUUUAGAAAGCAAAGAUGAUUAGACUCGUCAAUGUUUCUAUUUGUGUUCUCUUUAUUUCUGUUACUGGCAUCCUAGUAAAAGCCGAUAAUGCACCUUCUCCAUCGCCAAAGACAACUCCUGUGUCUCCGGCGAAACCUCCCACCACUUCUUCAAGUCCUCCAAUCACAUCGCCUUCUAAAUCUCCUUCAUCAUCACCUCCGUCGGCAACUCCUGCGAGUUCCCCAUCGAUAACAUCGCCCCCGCCUGCAACAACUCCCACUGCUAUGCCCACACCUUCUCAAUCUCCUACUGCCACUCCGCCUGCUUCUUCUAGCCCCCCGGCUCAAUCCCCAGCGACUCCAUCACCAGCGGCAAGUUCUCCUCCGUCCAUGACUCCAGUCGGGGCUCCACCUGUUGCGGAAGGUCCGGUUGGAACUCCCGAGUCUUCUGCCAAUAUUCCUUCUAGUUCAGCGACGCCGGCGGAGAGUCCUGCGAUUUUCCCAUCGACCAGUAGCCCGCCGAUGGCCACUCCAGUGGGUUCGUCGCCGGAGAGUGCUGAGGGUCCAGCGGUUAAUGAUGAGUCCGGUUCAAAAUCUGGUUACGAAGUGGGGUUCGUUGUUCUAACGGCGAGUUUGGUUAUUGGAUCGGCGUUGAUUCUUUAGAUUUAAUUUUUUGUUAAGAGUAGUUUCCACAUUAUUAUUUCAUUUGCAUGUAUUAUUUGAUAUAAAUAAAAUUAUUUUUUGGCUUUUAUCA